UUAUCCAUACGAAAAGGGGAAUCCCAGGUCACACUAUUUGUGGUUCACUUGUGGUCAUGUGGGCAGUAAACACAUGAUUGACUUCUCCUAUUUACCUCACCACCGACCAAAGAAAGGAUGAAUACUUUUGUCGUUUAUAUUUUGCUGUCUGGCUGUUUUUUGUCUAUUUAUAGUUCAAGUAACUUUUUUGCCAUACAACAAGACUUUGGUUAUGUUGAUGUACGUGACAAGGCUCACAUGUUCUGGUGGUUACAAUACACUCAGUCUAUGCAGGGAUACCAACAAGUUCCUCUUAUCAUGUGGCUACAGGGAGGACCUGGAGGAUCCAGUACAGGGUUUGGUAACUUUAUGGAGUUAGGCCCUUUGGAUGUCAACAUGAACCCUAGAAAUACAACUUGGCUGAAGUUAGCCAGUCUGUUGUAUGUUGACAAUCCUGUUGGAGCAGGAUACAGUUAUGUAGAUAGUGAUGAUGCCUUAACUACAGAUGUCAGUAUGAUUGCUGCUGACAUGAUAGUCCUUCUGACAACUUUCUUCAACAGUCCUACAGGUAAAAACUUUCAGAAUGUUCCAUUUUACAUAUUUUGUGAGUCAUAUGGAGGCAAAAUGACAGCUGCUAUCAGUAAAUCCUUAUAUCAGAAUAUGAAUUCAGGAAAGAUAAAGGUGAACUUUAAAGGUUUAGCUCUCGGUGAUUCAUGGAUAUCUCCAGUAGAUUCAACUGUCAACUGGGCUCCUUAUAUCUUAACUAAUUCUAUUAUAGAUGAAAAAGGAUUUUACAAAAUAAAUGAAGCGACAGUGAAGAUGACAAAGAUGAUCGAGGGAGGAAUGUGGAAAGAGGCCACGACACAAUGGGGCGUCAUACAGGAUAUCUUAGAGACGGAGAGUAAUGGUGUCAACUUUUAUAACAUGUUAGCCUGGGGAGGAUCAGAAGCAGGACUUAAAUCUUCAAAUAAUCUUAAAGAGAGAAUGAUAAAUAGAAUGAUUGGUGCUUUAAGGACAGACAAACUAACAGCAUUAAUGAAUGGGGAAGUAAAAAAGAUGUUAAAUAUACCAGAGAAGGUUGAAUGGGGAGCCCAAUCAUCAAAAGUGUUUAUGUACCAAGCAGAAGAUUUUAUGAAGCCAGUUGUUGAUAUAGUGGACUAUUUGAUACAGAAUACCAGCCUAUCAGUUGUCGUGUAUACUGGACAGUUAGAUAUAAUUGUAGCUACACCAGGUACAGAGAAGUGGAUCACACAGCUUGGUAUAUACAAAGACUAUUACAAUGCUACAAGACAGCCUCUUUAUGAUCCCUAUACCAAACUAACAACAGCAUUCUAUAAAUCUGUUAAAAAUUUCUCUGUCUACUGGAUACUAGAUGCUGGUCACAUGGUACCCAUGGAUAAUGGAAAUGCAGCACUAGAAAUGGUCAAAAGGAUUAUAAGCAAAUGAGACUAUUGCAGAAAUAUUGCUGAAACUUAUAAACAUUCCAUUAACUUAUUUUCAUAGGAUGUUUGUUUCUUGCCUGGUUUAUAAAUAAUGUUAGUUUGCUAUGGUUCGAUGAAUUCCUGUCCGUCCUUGAUAAAGAUGCAUAUGAUUUCUGAAAAUUUGUAUCAAAUGGAAUGCCUAGUUCAUAAGAAAAAUAGAAAUAAAAAAUCAUCAAGAAAGCAAAAUUUGAAAGUUCAUGCACCCUUACCAGAGAUUGAAACUUUACUCUCCAGCAUUGAAUCCUGAUAGCAGGAUGUCUAAGGCAUUUUCUUUAGAAGACUUAACAAACAUUUGCGAUUAAUUAUUGUGGAAUAAGGAAAAGCUGCAUAGUAGACAUAUGUAUCUGAUAUCAGAAUUCAAGUUAUUAUGAUACUUUCCAAGUGGCAUAUUUUUUUUGCAUAAUUAAAGACCUCACAAUUAUUUUAAUUGACAGUAUCAAAAGAUUUGAACUUAAAUUUAAUUUCAGUCUUUAUUGCUCAUGUUGUAAAUCAAAAAUAUGGUUACUGAGUUGCUGUUCGCCUCUUAACU